AUGUUGGGGAAUCACACUAGUGCCACUGAAUUUUAUCUCGUUGGUUUCCCUGGCUCUGAGAAACUACGCCGUGCCCUUUUCUCUACCUUCUGCUUCUUCUACUUAGUGUCUCUAGUGGGGAACGCAGUCAUCAUUGUAAUCGUCUGUGUCGAUAAACGUCUGCAGUCCCCCAUGUAUUUCUUCCUUGUUCACCUCUCCAUCCUGGAGAUCCUGCUCACAACCGUUAUUGUUCCUGUGAUGCUUUGGGGGUUGCUGCUCCCUGGGAUGCAGGCAGUAUCUCUGGCUGGAUGUGUUGCACAACUCUUUCUGCAACUUGCCCUGGGGACCACGGAGUUUUCAUUGCUUGGAGUGAUGGCUGUGGAUCGUUACGUGGCUGUCUGCAACCCUCUGAGGUACAAUGUCAUCAUGAACAGUCAAACCUGCAACUCUGCGGUAAUUGUGUCUUGGGUGUUUGGGUUCCUUUAUCAAAUCUGGCCAGUUUACGCCACAUUUCACCUCACCUACUGCAAAUCAAAUGUGGUGGACAAUUUCUUCUGCGACCGUGGGCAGUUGCUCAAAUUGUCCUGCGAUAACACUAUUUUUAUAGAGUUUAUCCUCUUUUUAAUGGCCAUUUUCGUUCUUUUUGGUUCUCUGAUCCCUACAAUUGUCUCCUACACCUAUAUCAUCUCCACCAUCCUCAAGAUUCCCUCAGCCUCUGGCCAGAGGAAAGCGUUUUCUACAUGCGCCUCCCACUUCACCUUCGUUGUGAUUGGCUAUGGCUGCUGCUUGUUCCUGUACGUGAAGCCCAAGCAGACGCAGGCAGCCGAUUACAACAGGACAGUUUCCUUGAUGAUUUCCAUCGUAACUCCCUUCCUCAACCCGUUCAUCUUCACACUCCGUAACGACAAAGUCUUAGAAGCCCUUCGAGAUGGAGUGAAACGCUGCUACCAGCUAUUCAAGAGCUAGCCCUAGACGUUUACAUCACCAAACACAUACCAAGAUCGCUAGGACAAUAUGAGAAGACCAUCUCUGAGCUGCAUCAU